AUGGACGAUAACGGCGCAGCUAAUGGCGAGGGGAAUGCAGAGGGAUGGGGAGGGUGGGGUGCUCUUGUCGAUCCUGCACCCUGGGCGGAGUUUUUGGGUAACGGAUGGAACGACGACGGCGAUGAAGCGGUGGCGGCAGACGGGGGUGUGGAAGAAACGGGCUGGGAUGUCAGUAUUGCAAAUUGGUCACCCGGGCGCACUGGGGUCAUAUUACUCGACCUCAUGCCGCUUAUCCUGGCGUUCCUCGCGCCGGGUACUCUGGACGUAAACGCGUAUGCCUACUCGUCCGAGCACGACGUCUCGGUUCUGCUCUGGACGGUAUAUUCGUUGCUGUUAAGUUCUCGAGCGUGGUAUCUCUGCGCGCGCGGCUGUCGGGAGCUUUGGGCUGGGUUACUCCCGUUCUUUCCGUUGGGUUCUCGCAGUCGUAAUCGUAUACGACUCCGAGCAGGAACUGAGCCUCUCCGGCUGAUAUACGAUUCGUGGUCUUGGGCCGGGCGACAGGUGGAACAGCAAUUCGGCCAAGUCGGUGCAUUAUACGCUGGACGGCGUACCACCUGGAGAGACUGGAGUAGUGUGCUGGCGGAGGUCGGCGUAAUGCCACUGCUCACCGUGCUCUAUCUUUGCCCGAGCCUCUAUCAUGCCGAGAUCGGCGAAUUUCUUAUGCCGGCAGGUGUACUCGAUGCGCCGCUGUUGCUGCUCUGCGAAAUAUCGACUCCGCUGUUGAUCAAUGCCCCGAACCUUGUCCGGCUUGUCGUGCACCACUGCACCGGUGAUCAGCUCAUUGAGAUAUUCGCCCGGCUUCAUGCGCUCGAAAUUCUGGAGAUACGCCGGCCGCGGGGACCUCGCAUUCAGUGGAACGACGUCCUGGGCUCGCGCACUUGGCCACGUCUCAAGUCCCUCACCAUCUGGUGCUCUCUAUGGGACAGCUUACGGCUACCAACGGACGUGCUGGUCGCGACUAUGCACAGGCUCACGCAUCUAGACAUCGCCGGCCCUCUUCUCUUGGAUGCGCCGAACGUGAUCGAUGCCCGCAUCCUGCACGUCACACCCGCCGAACUUGUACGCAUGCUCGCGCCGCUGCGGCGAUUGCUUCGUCUCAGUGUCCCCCACUUUCGGUCUUCAAGUCAUGCUGCUUCCGGCCCUCAACCGUCGAUUGGCGCCGUACACUUUCACAAUCUGCAGGAGGUCAGCAUGGUCAGCGAUGCGCAGGGCAGUGCGCUGGACUUUGCGCGCGCGUUAACCGCACCAGUCAUGACGCGCUUCCAUUUUUUGUGCAAUAUGUUGGCCCCUCCCGAGCGUGCCUGUCUUCCCGGUGUUAUCGCGGACUUGCGGGAAGCCCUGGAUGAUCAAACGCUUAAUUGGUCGCAGCUGGUUCAGAGGAUGCAUCGCGCGCAGGAUGUUCUUCUGAACGCCGAUUUCGCGGACCUCGGAGAAGUUCGACGCUUGGCCUUUUGGCCAACGAUUGGCAAUCCGACGCCCGCUCCUCUGAGUUUGACCUCCGCUCGGAGGGCUUGUACUAGGAUGUGGCAGCAAGUGGUGGCCGCGUUUCAGGGUCCGGAACCUGUGCAUGGCGGCGAGCACCUGCGAGACGUCGUGAUGGCGAUCGUAACGGCGAUGCAGGUGGCAACGACUGAGAUGUCCGUGAACCUAUCAGUACGGCGCGACCUAUCAACGCUGGUCUUUGACUUGGAGGUACGCGAUGAGAGGGAUCUAUCCCGGCAGGUUGUUGUGGAGAUGGGCCAGCCUGGAUUCGAGUGGCGUACGCAGGCGUUUAAGUCCAAUUGUCGCAACAGUCUUGCUUCUGGGUCGGCAAGGUUGCUAGAAGGACUUACGGAGCUACCGGUCACUGCCCUGCGCAUAGUCAACUCGCGGGAGGACGUUUUUGACCACACGACCGCAGACGACGACUGGGAGCCUCGCGAUGUCGAUCACUUGAACGCCACGCUGCGACGGUUCCGCGGCGUGAAGGAGUUGACGCUCGUACUGGUCGACGCCACGCCCGCGCGGACUAUACUCGACUUCCUCUCGAACCCGCAAGUUCUGCACGCGCUACAGGCGCUACAUAUUGAGCCUGGCCAGCCUAUUCUGCGCGUGGUACCGAUCCCCGUCCCGGCCGGCGCCCCAGAAGCAACGUCCGAAGCGGAUUUGGAGGCCGAAUGGGGUCCCGCGCCGGGCGCAGGCGCAGACGCACGUUUGGUGAACGACAACGCGUGUCAUCUGCAGUCCAGGCUGAACUGGUGGGUGGCCCUGGGAACCGCGUUGAAAAAACGAGUGGCAGAAGGCGGGCACCCUUUACACCUGCGCACCAGUAGGUUCUGCUGCGUCGAGAGUUCUUGGGCUGGCCGGGCGACACAUGGGGGCGUCGCCGGGCUCGAGCAAGAAAUUUCGUGUCGUACAGAGCUGAGGCAGGGCUGUGUGGGGUGCGUCGUAGGCAGGGCUGUCUGGCGUGCGUCUUGA